AUGGCUGACGAAAAGAUCAUUCCUACCGAAGAAGAGCUCAUCUCUGCUAUCCAAAAUAUCAAGCUGGAAUUGCCCGAAGCAGGUAUCAAGACAGUUGCCACUCAAGUCUUGGUGAAGCAACCUAAUUGGCAAGUGAGCGAGAAGCGUGUCAAAAAGUAUAUGCAACAAGGUGGACUCACCAACAGUGCCCCUGCUGCCAAGGAGCCUGUCAAGUCUGGUCUCGCCGACGAUCCAUCUGUGCCAGUCUCGUUUAUCGAUCCCAAAAUUGAUUUCAAGGCUGUGUCUGAUGCUGUCGAAGCUCGUAUGGUAGAUCAAGUUACCGGUAAAGGUCUCUUUGCUGCUCGUGAUAUUAAGAAGGAUGAGACCAUCUUUACAGAAACUCCCUUUGCCUACUUCCCUCCUUGGGAGGCAUUCAAUUUAGCUCGUAGCGGAAAUGCGUGUGGCCUCUGUUGCAAGCCUUUGAUCUAUCCCAAUCGCAACACGCAACAUUGUGGACACUGCAACAUGUUUUACUGUAGCAAAGAAUGUAGAAUCACUGCUUGGGAAAAGUUCCAUCAACUUGAAUGCACAAACUUGAACAAGGCUGUUGUCGCUUUCAUGAGUUUCUGUGAAAUGGAAAAGUGGCAGGCACCUAUGGCAGUGUCUCGUAUCUACGCACAGAUGAUUUUGGCUCAUCAACGUGGUGAAUUGGAUCAAGUCAUUGGACAUUUGGACGCUUUCGCAACUGUGAGUCAAGAGGAGCGUCAAGCCAAGGAGACCGAGUGGAUUUUUAUGGAAGCACCUACUCGUGAACUAUGGACCAAAGCCAGAGAUUUGUUGAGAGCAGCUUACAAGACACCUAGCAAGAGAUGCAAAAUCACAACACCUUUACCUGAAGCAUUACAGCAAAAGUUGUUUGAGGACGAAGAGACCUUCUUGAACUACCUAGGCAAGUUCAACAUCAACAACCAAAACGGCGGCAUGUACUUGGUGCACUCACACAUCAACCACAACUGCCAUCCCAAUGUCAGCAUCGACUAUCCUCAACGCAACUCUCAAUACAAGCUCACAGUAAGAGCUAUCCGUGAUAUCAGCAAGGGCGAGCAAUUAUACGAGACAUACGUCAAUCCCCGUUGGAACAAGGACACUAGACAAACCUAUUUAGACAAAUCGUACUUGUUUACCUGUCAAUGCGAUCGUUGUGUGAAUGACACACCCUUAACAGACGAGCUCAAAAAGGGACUUCGAUUAAGGGAUGAAUAA